AUGCUGCCUCCUCAAGUGUCCAAACCGUCCCCCUCAGGGUCCUCCCCCUCCCCUCAAAGUAAAGUAGAAAUCAUCAACCCUGACACGACCAAAGACCAAAAAACCUUCGAGCAUGAGCUCCAAUCUCUCGCCGCUAAAGCCAAAUCAGACACCCCGCUCAAUUGGCUGCGUGCCCAAGCCCUCAUCUACGCCCGCAGCGCGACUUUGCUUGCCCUGCUGGCCCUGGCAUCAACCCUCAGCCAGCUCGCCCUCUCACCGGUGUAUGGAUCUCUGCCCUCGGCAAGGUACCAUAGACAUGUGUUGUUGAGCGGCAUGUUUGUCGGGUGGGCGGGGAAUUUGGGGCUUGAGGCGGGACUGGAAAAACUGGGGAUGAAGAGGAUGCAGUGUUUGUUACCGCUCGUGAUAGCGUAUAUGCCCGUUGUUCAACACCUCCUGGGGGGGUACAGCACUCUGCUAGGGGCAGCCUGGGGUCCGGUGGUAACAGAAGUAAUCACAUUUUUGCCGGUGGUCGUGCUGUCGGUGGCAUGCUGCGCGACGUGGCUUGAUCAGGCUGAUUUAGGGUUUGUGCCGUUGCCCGGCUGGGUGGUCGAUGCGCUGCCGGGGAUUGGGGCGUAUGCUUUUUUCAGGGGUAUGGAAUGGCUCCUAGGUCCAGCUCUGGAGUCGGUUAUUGGGAGUGGGAGGUUCGGCGGGGUGGUGAGCAGCCGCGUGGGAAUGGAGCUGGUAUUAUCAGGAGUCUAUGCCGCCGUUGCACCAUCCAGCCUCCUCCUCUGGGCGCUCCCCGCGCUGCUGCACACCGCAUUCUGGAACACACAUCUCCCCACGAGCUCGGCGCUGGCGAGGGUGAAUGGGGAGUUGGCGAAGGAAGGGUUCGUGGUGCUCGACAGGAGGGAGUCUGUCACGGGGUACGUGUCGGUAAUUGAUAACCUGAACGAGGGGUAUCGCGUCAUGAGGUGUGAUCAUAGCCUGCUGGGAGGGGAAUGGACCAAGUUUAUCGGGGUCGGGCCGUUGAAGGGGAAUCAAGUGGCUGAGCCGGUGUAUGCUGUGUUUGCCAUGCUGGAAGCGGUGAGGUUGGUCGAGGUGGAGAGGCCUGUUCCUGACAAUGAGGCGAAGGCGUUGGUAAUCGGCUUGGGCAUCGGCACCACGCCCGCUACGCUUGUCGCCCAUGGCAUCAACACCACCGUCGUCGAGAUCGACCCCGUUGUGCACGACUUCGCAGAAAAGUACUUCCAGCUCCCGCCCAAUCACACUGCCGUGAUUGAAGACGCAGUGUCCUACACCUCACGACUGGCAGCCGACGAAAACGGUCAACGCUUCGACUACAUCGUCCACGACGUCUUCACUGGCGGCGCCGAGCCCAUUGCCCUGUUCACUCUGGAAUUUCUCCAGAACCUGCACAAGCUGCUUAAACCUGGAGGCGUCAUUGCCAUUAACUACGCCGGCGACCUCGCCCUACCGCCCCCCCGCAUCGUCGUCCGCACCAUCAAGACCGUCUUCCCCUCGUGCCGCAUCUUCCGCGAGCACGAGCGCAAUGCAACCGAGUUUGCGGAGACGGGACGCGACUUUACCAACAUGAUCAUGUUCUGCACGAAGCAGGCUGAUCGGGCGAUUAGCUUCAGGCCGCCGACCGAGAGGGACAUGCUCAACAGCCCGUCGAGGCAAAUGUUUCUGUAUCCGCGGCAUGAAGUUGGCGAGGGGGAUCUGGGGGAGGCUGAACAGGGGGAGGGCAUUCUGAGGAGGAAUGAGACUGAGGCGAUUGCCAAGUGGCAUGGGAUGAGUGCGGCGGGACAUUGGAGUAUCAUGCGGGUGGUUUUGCCGGCUAGGGUGUGGGAAUUGUGGUGA